UACUGAGACCUGUAUUGUUUUUAAUUUAAUCGUUUGAUAAGACCACGUCUAUUUAACUAAGUUAACUACUUAUUAUCUUAUACUGUUUGAUGAUAUAUAGUGCCAAUUUUUGUAUAAUGUCUGAUGUGUUUAAGAGUGUUUUUGAUGAUGAUCCCAUUGGUAUCGACUUGGGAACAACGUUUUCAUGUAUAGCAGUUUAUGGAAACGGCAAAGCAGAAAUUAUUCCUGACAAAAAUGGCGACAGGCUUGUACCAUCUGUAGUUUUUUAUGAUCCUGAGAAUAGAGAUAGAAUAUUGGUGGGCAAAGCUGCUGAAGACGAGGGCCCGAGGUGCAUUGGAAACUGCAUAAGAGAUUCAAAACGCAUUAUUGGUCGAAAAUGUGAUGACUGUUUCGUUCAAGAAUACAUUUCCAGAAAAUAUGUUCAAUACAAACUGGAAAAGGGACUUUAUGAGAAGACUGCCUUUAAGAUUAAAAUUAAUAACAAAAGCGUCACAAAAACCCCAGAAGAAGUUAGUGCUGAAAUAUUAAAGCAUCUUAAAGAAAUGGCAGAAUCUUUUUUAGGCAAAAAAAUUUUUAAAGUAGUAAUAUCGAUACCUGCAAACUUUAGCAACGCCCAAAAAAAAGCUACACAAAAAGCUGUGGACUUGGCAGGAUUAAGCUUAAUACGAUUUAUUUCAGAACCGUCAGCAGCAGGUGUACAUUAUUUUGGCAAUAUAUACCGGGUGUCCCAAUAAGAAUGGCUCUCGGCCAUAUCUCAGGAACCUUUUAUAGUAGAGCUUUGAAAUAAAAAAU